AUGAUGAAAAUUGCAUUGUGUAUAUCUCUCGUAUUUCUGUUCAAUCUGAUUAAUUUACACAGAAUCUUAGCAAAUCCGCUCACAACAUCUACUGAUAGCACUGAUUCGGAUAAUUCUACAAAUUUCACUAGUAUUGAAGCAGAAAAUAUAACUACCAUUAUUGAAGCAACAACAACAAGUGAGAAUGGUACAUCCGAUCAAAUAACAACUGUUGAAUCUUCUACUAUCGAUACAAAUUUGACAACCAUUACUGAUAUAGAAAUAACAACAAUUGCAUCGAUUCAUAUCACAACUGAAAAUGAUACAUCAACAGUGAUAGAUAUAGGUAUUGAUAUUACAAUUCAGAUUUUAAAACAAGUCACAACACAAACACCAAUUCAAUUAACAACUGCCGGUCGAGUUAAUCUUCAAGUUGUUAUCAGUCCUACAACACUCCAAGUACAAUAUGGACAAACUUAUGAACUUAUUUGUAGUGUUUAUGGUGGUGAUGCAGACACAGCUAUUUAUUGGAUUCAAGAAGAACCAGAACGACGCUAUGCUCUUACUGAGACAAAUGAUAAACACAUCACAGCGUCAGAAAUACAAUUAAGAUCAAGUAUUAGAAUUGAUGAUCGAAGUAAAAUUGGUAAAUAUACAUGUAUGGCACAAACUGCAGAUGGAAAUAGUGAUACAAGUAUUCUUACGAUGCAAGAAGAUCAUAAUUAUUAUCGACAACCAAGUUCUGGUUCACAAAAUUUAGUUAUUGUUGCACCGGAUAUGGCUGAUAAUGAUUAUGUUGAAAUUCAAUGUACAGGUGCAGAACCAGAUGAUGCAGGAAAAAUUCAAUGGUAUUUUAAUAAUCGACUUCUUCAUGAUGAACAACCAUUGUUUCCACGUGGAAAAACUCUUCAUAUUCGUCCUAUUACAAAACCUUAUUUAGGACAUUAUCGUUGUUCAAUUCCUGAUAGUGGCUAUACAGAUGCAAAUAGUAUUCUUACAUUUUCAACCGAACCUAGUCAUGAUGUUCAUCCCGUCUUUAGUCCAUCAAGUCCAUUAUCAAUUGAUGAAGGUGCAAGUCAAUUAAUUGAACCUCCAGCUGGAUAUUAUCAUGCUCGUUGGACACGUAGUAAUAGUGAAGGACUUCCAUCGGGUAUUUAUCAAAGUGGUAAUAAUUUACAAAUCAGUAAUGCACGUUCUGAUCAGUCGGGAACUUAUAAUUGUGAAUUAUAUAAAGUUGAUGGUACAUCUAUUAAUAUUCAAUAUGAAAUUAAUGUACAACAUAGACAAACAUAUCAAACACCUAGUAUCGAAGGUCAACGUAUGAUUAUUCAAUAUACAAUUACUUCAUAUGAACCAAUUGAAAUUAUUUGGAAAAAAUAUACUGAUCAAGGCUAUCAGCCGCUUUCAUCAGCCUUUACAGUUGAACCAAAUCGUCUUAUUCUUCAUUAUGCUACAUCUGAUUCGGUUGGUACUUAUCAGAUUACGGUACGCAAUUCACAUGGUGAAGUUCAACAAGAGUUACGUGUUAAUGUUGAAUCACGACAUCAUCAUCAACAUGUACCAGAACGACAUCAGCAAUAUGUUCCAGAACGACAACAACAAUAUGUUACAGAACGAUAUCAGCAACACGUUACAGAACGAUAUCCGCAACAACAAGAACCUGUUGAAGUAACUGUUGAACCAAGUGAAAUAACCAUUGGAUUUGGUGAAAGAGCAAUUGUUACAUGUCAUGUUAAAGGUACUCAACAAUAUAGAGUAACAUGGGGUAAAUAUGCACAUGAUACACGUCUUCCUGAUUAUGCUCAGCAACAAGGAAAUACCGUUAUGAUCGCACCAACUGCUGAUACACGUAGUGAACAAAUGUAUUUUCAAUGUAAAGUUGAUGUAUCAGGACAAACUGAACCACAUCAUGCUUAUGCAACGAUUAAUAUUCGUGGUAGACAAAGAAAAAGAAGAAAUGUUCGUAAAUAA